AUGGCGACUCAGCUUUCUGUCCAGCCAAGUGAAAGCAAGAUUGGCCAACGAAAGCAUAUCACUCCGCAGUGGGUCUCGCUGGUCGCUGGAGGUGUCGCUGGUGGCGUGGAAGCAGCAGUGACGUAUCCAUUCGAAUAUUCCAAAACGAGAGUCCAGCUUGUACAACAUGCUUCAGUAGCUGGGACGAAUCCCCUUCGUUUGAUAUUCGAGGUAGCUCGACAAGAAGGAGUCCGUUCUUUGUACACGGGAUGUACCACGUUGAUAGUUUCAUUCACUAAUCCCAAUUUCGAUGAUCAGGGCACUGCCGGAAAGGCAGCAGUACGAUUCGUGUCUUAUGACACGAUCCGUAAUUCCUUGUCUGAUGAGCAUGGGAAGCUUUCAGCAGGAGGAGGGAUCUUGGCUGGCAUGGCAGCUGGCACCGUUGAAAGCGUUCUAGCAGUUACCCCUACCGAACGGAUCAAGACUGCAUUGAUCGAUGAUGCAAAGACAAAUCGCCAGUUCAAGUCCGGCAUACAUGCUGCAACAGUGCUAGUCAAACGACACGGUCCCUCCGAGCUCUAUAGAGGUCUCGUUUCCACCACAAUCAAACAAUCAGCCACGUCUGCAGUACGCAUGGGAACAUACAACAUCCUCAAAGAGAUGACCAAAAGGCAAGGGGUUGCUCCGAACAUGAUGACCUCCUUCGGAACGGGCGCUUUGGCAGGCAUUGUGACGGUCUAUGCAACUCAGCCCUUUGACACCAUCAAGACCCGGGCGCAGAGUGUCCAAGGUGCUGGCAUUGUAGAGGCAUUCAAAAGCGUGAAGCGGGAUUAUGGAAUCAAGGGGUUCUGGAAAGGAAGCUCUAUGCGACUUGGGCGCCUGUUCCUCAGCGGUGGAAUUGUAUUCUCGGUAUAUGAGCAGGUAUCAGCCUUGUUGGCUACAGCUACAUCUCUGAAUAGAUAA